GACACGACUCUUUUUAUGUCGGAUCCAAUUUGCCGCAUCUUAGGAAUAAACGGCUAGCCGGCGCACAACUGUCGUGACACGCAUUCUUGCUUAAGUAUCAUCCUCUGGGCCAUCGCUCUUUACAGCAAAGAGAAAGAAGCCGGCUUGUUGCUGACCCAUUCCAUCAUCAUCAUCAUCACCAAAUCAAAAUCGGUUGAGAAGAAACAUUUGAAGGAAAAUAUAAAUGGCUAGUGAGGGGGACAUUGUUGUUUCAGCCAUGAUCAAUCUUCUGACAGCUAUUGCAUUCCUGGUGGCUUUUGCAGUUCUUCGCCUUCAACCAUUUAAUGAUAGAGUGUACUUCCCAAAAUGGUAUUUGAAGGGUGUAAGAGCAAGCCCAAGAAGCUCAGGGCCCUUUCUGAGGAAAUUUGUGAAUUUGGAUUUCAGAACUUAUCUAAGGUUCUUGAAUUGGAUGCCCCAGGCACUCAAAAUGCCACAACCAGAACUCAUAGAUCAUGCAGGUCUUGAUUCUGCAGUGUAUAUAAGGAUUUACCUUCUGGGGCUGAAAAUAUUUGUCCCGAUUACGCUUUUAUCUUUUGCUGUCUUAGUUCCUGUUAAUUGGACCGGUGAAGCGUUGAAGCACAGCGAGGACUUGACAUUCAGUGAUAUUGACAAGCUGUCGAUAUCGAAUAUUCCUUCUGGAUCACAGAAGCUAUGGACACACAUAGCAAUGGCUUAUGUGUUCUCGUUUUGGACCUUAUAUGUUCUGUACAAAGAGUACAAAAUCGUGUCUGCAUUGAGGUUGCACUUUCUUGCUUCUGAACAUCGUCGUCCUGAUCAGUUCACUGUUCUUGUGAGAAACGUCCCUCCUGACCCCGAUGAACCAGUUAGUGAACACGUUGAGCAUUUCUUCCGCGUAAACCAUCCAGAUCAUUAUCUUACACAUCAGGUUGUAUACAAUGCAAACGACCUUGCAAAAUUGGUGGAGAAAAAGAAGAGUAUGCAAAAUUGGCUUACUUACUACCAAACGAAGUAUGAGAGAGACCCUACGAAAAGGCCAAAAACAAAAACAGGUUUUUGGGGCCUUUGGGGGAAAAAUGUGGAUGCUAUCGAUUACUAUGCAUCUGAAAUUGAUAAGUUGAUUGAAGAAGAAGAUGCAGAGAGGGAAAAGGUUACGAAUGAUCCCGAGGCAAUAGUUCCUGCAGCAUUUGUUUCGUUUAAAUCUCGGUGGGCUGCAGCCGUCUGUGCUCAAACUCAACAGUCAAGAAAUCCGACCAUUUGGCUAACAGAAUGGGCCCCGGAACCUCGUGAUGUCUACUGGAAAAACCUUUCCAUACCUUAUGUUUCGCUCAAUGUCCGAAGAUUGCUAAUGCUUGUUGCUCUAUUCUUCCUUACUUUCUUUUUCAUGAUCCCCAUCGCGCUUGUUCAGUCCAUGGCGAGCAUUGAAGGCAUCGAAAAGGUUCUCCCUUUCUUGAAGCCACUGAUAGAAUUGGAUUUUAUCAAGUCUGUUGUUCAAGGUUUUCUCCCCGGGAUUGCACUGAAGAUUUUUCUAGCAAUUCUUCCCACAAUUCUUAUGAUCAUGUCCAAAAUAGAAGGAUUUACGUCGAUUUCAUCUCUGGAGAGAAGAUCAGCUGCAAAAUAUCACUUGUUUAUACUCGUCAAUGUCUUCCUAGGAAGCAUCAUCGCAGGAGCAGCAUUCGAGCAACUCAAGACGUUUCUCGAUCAGUCACCAGCCGAGAUCCCAAAAACAGUUGGCGUUGCGAUUCCAAUCAGAGCUACCUUCUUUAUCACCUACAUAAUGGUUGACGGGUGGGCUGGCAUUGCUGCAGAGGUUCUUAGGCUGGUUCCACUGAUAAUGUUUCAUGUCAAGAACACAUUCUUGGUAAAGACAGACCGGGAUAGAGAGCAGGCGAUGGACCCUGGUUCGAUAUCGUUUUCCAUUUGUGAGCCUCGUAUUCAGCUGUAUUUCCUGCUAGGACUCGUAUACUCGGUGGUCACGCCUAUACUCCUCCCUUUCAUCAUUGUAUUCUUUGCUUUCGCAUAUAUGGUGUUCCGCCAUCAGAUCAUCAAUGUGUAUGAUCAGAAGUACGAAAGUGGUGGAGCGUUUUGGCCAGAUGUUCACCGUCGUAUCACCAUCGGGCUGAUAAUAUCCCAGCUCCUACUGAUGGGACUGAUGAGCACGAAAGACGCUGCUCAAUCAACCCCGGUGAUUCUCGUUCUUCCGGUUUUAACCAUCUGGUUUCAUAAGGUCUGCAAGGGGAGAUUCGAGUCUGCAUUUGUCAAGUUCCCAUUGCAGGAAGCAAUGGUGAAAGACACGUUGGAGCGGGCAACCGAGCCGAAUCUGGACUUGAAAGCUUAUCUCCAUGAUGCUUAUGUUCAUCCUGUGUUUAAGGAAGCUGGGGCUGAGGGUUCUGCAGCAGCUUCAAUGGAGGAGGAGGAUAGCAACUAUCUUGUUGCAACCAAGAGAAGUUCCCGCGUGUGUAGUAACACGGAAACCGGGUCCGAUGUUGUUUGAGGAAUGACAUCUUGUCCCGUCUGUCUGGUUUUAUUCAUUCGUCAAAUCAAUUCUUUAUUUUUAAUUUUUUUUAAAUAGUUUUUCUUGAAAUUUUUGUCACUGCAUUUGACUGGCAUUCUGUUUGUUACGGAGUACUUUACAAUGUGUGCUUGUAUAAUACCCACGUAAGAACAUAUGCAAGUUGUUUUGUCGGAUUC